AUGGCCGAGUCUGCGAAUGGCCAAGCCAGGCCGGCUGACGACCCGUCCUGCUACAACUGCGGCAACAGAGGCCACUGGAUUGUUGCUUGUCCGGAGCCGAUAAGACAGACUCCUGCUGGCCUCGCAAACGUCUGGAGAAACGCUCCUACUGCUGGGCAUGCUGGCCAGGGGAACAACCGGCAUCAUGGAAACCAAAAGAGACCAAACAGGGGGCCCAUUAUCACAAAAUAUGCGCCUCCUCCUCCUCCCCCUCCACCACCACCUCCUCCUCAGCCGUCUCUGGGUCAUGGCACGGCUUCUUAUACGCCGUUAGCUGCACCAUCAUAUCAGCAGCCAGGCCCCCAGUUCCAGAACCCUUAUCCCCAUUACCAGCCAGCGCCGCACUAUCCAACCGGCUACGGCCCCCCCCAGUAUCCAUCGGCGCAGUACGCCCAGCCGCCUUACGGUACAGCUCCUGCAGCCCCAGUGGGAUAUGCAGCUCAUUCUCAAGGACCACCGGCACCUGGAGCGCCACCCGGAGCAGCACCAGCAUCCUAUCCACCUGCCUAUGCUUCAUAUCCGCCUCCUGGACCGUCUAGCACACCCGGCUACCCGCCUCAAGCGGCGUACGCGCAGCCAUACCCGCAGCAACCGUACGGACCUCCACCAGUUCCUUACCCCGUUCACUCCGGGCCUGCGCAGUAUCAUCCUCCCUCCAAGCCUCCGCAUGUUCCCCAACCCCAUCACUCUCAAGCCACGCCGAACCAGCCCCUGCUUCACUCUCUUCCGCCAAAGCCUCCUCGAAGCAUUCAUGCGAUUCAGGCGCCGCAGCAAGAUACGCAUCGCGACAAUAGGAACAAACGAAAACACGACCGUCACGGCAAGCAUCUUGACAGACGCAGGGACCAAGGCUCCCGUCGCUCUUCCAACCAGAAGACGCAGAACAAGGCGAAUCGUUCAAACCGCUCAAACCGUUCCAAUCCUUCUGGCUCAGCUGUUGGGUCCUCUCAGAAGCCAUCAGCUCCGGUCAACUCAGAACCCAUCAAAGGCGAUGCACUUUUGCCAACAACUGACCCAGAGCACACUACCCGACCUGAAUCCAAAUCCUCAAACUCAGGCUUCCAGAAAGAUCUCUCCGAGUCAAAUAACGCACAAGAGCCUCAGCACCAGGAUAAUCAGUCCAAUGAUGGAGGGCCUGAUGAUGAAUCCCACACAGCCGAUGAGUCUGCCCACUCUCUCGGUAGCGACGCUGCCGAGAAACUGUCUCAAGAUGACGAGGCACUGUCGACACGGGAUAACCAACAAGACUCCCACCACCCCCAGGAUCAUAGAAAGGAUGCUGCCUCGACUCCUGGCAGUAUCACCCCUGACAUGUCUCAGCUGAACGGAAAGCACAAGCGCCGAGACGAUGAGUCGGAAGACGAACGCCGGCUCAAGAAGACAAAAUCCUCAGCAUCGUUCACCAAUGGGCUGGGCGCUGGAGCUGGUCUUCGGACAGAAGCCCAAUCUGCCACCAAGCUGGAAGCCCGGAAUGACGAAGAGCCAACUGUGCAAGAAGACGACGUUACCCUCCCCCCUCUGGAUCGGCCAUCUCGGUCGCGGUCAAAAGAGCGGCAUCAGAGGCCAAAAUCUAGGAAUUCGUCGGUCUCUAGUCGAUCAUCCGACUUGAAUUCCCUGGAAGCCGAGCUUCUGGGGCGACCGGCUAGGCAGAGAUCUCCCGCCGAUACCGGCGUCCAUCAACGGCAGGAUCGUUUCGCAUUGCCUAAGACGCAACGCCGCCGCCAACAGAAUGUGGACUCGGUUUACAGUCGCCGCUGGUGA